AUGACUGCAAAUCGUGGCCCCGUCGAUCGCAAAUCGCCGCUGCAGCAACCCACCGAGUGCAACUGCAAAUCGCCGUUGCAACUGUGGCGAUCUGACGAUUGGGCGGGCGAGAUUUCAAUGGGAAAGAAGCGAAAACACAAUGAAACAGAGGCUGCGGCCAAUGUAAAGAAAGAUGAAACUGCGGAAGAAAGGCCCAAAAGAACACUUUUGGGAUGGAAAAGCAAUGGUGAAGAUGAUAAGAGCCAAAAUAGUUCUCUGGGAUUUAGAAAUAAAGAGAAAGUUUUGGUCACUUGUUCCCGACGUAUUAGUUUCAGGUAUAGGCAUUUGAUGUUGAACUUGGUAGACCUUUUACCACAUUGUAAGAAAGAUAACAAGGUUGAGUCCAAAGAAAGUAAAGGUGCGACUUUGAAUGAGCUAGUCGAGCUCAAGAGCUGCUCCUCUUGUUUGUUUUUUGAGUGUAGGAAAGGUAAAGACCUCUAUCUAUGGAUGGCCAAGUGCCCCAAUGGUCCAUCUGUCAAGUUUUUAGUCAAUGCAGUCCACACGAUGGAGGAAUUAAAGCUUACUGGAAAUCAUCUGAAGGGUUCUCGUCCUGUUCUGACAUUUUCAUCUAAUUUUGAUAAGAAACCCCACUGGCUGUUGUUGAAGGAAAUGAUCACACAGAUAUUUGGCACUCCGAAGGACCACAGAAAAUCUAAACCUUACCAUGAUCAUGUAUUUGUUUUCUCAAUUGCUGAUGACCACAUAUGGUUCCGGAAUUAUCAGAUAUCUUGUCCUCAUAGCGGAGGACAAAAAAUAGACCAUGGGGACUUAGAAAAGAUGACGCUAGUUGAGGUUGGUCCAAGGUUUUGUUUGAACCCAAUCAAGAUAUUUGGUGGGAGUUUUGGAGGUCCAACACUAUACGAGAAUCCAUUUUAUGUUUCGCCAAACCAGAUUCGAUCAUUAGAGAAAAGGCAGAAGGCCGGAAAAUAUGCAAAGAAAGUUAAAGCCAAGACAAGAAGGAAGAUGCACGAGAUGGAAAAUCCCAUGGAGGUUGAUGAAUUUGCAGAUAUGUGGAAGGAAUGA